CCCCUCCCCUAGUUGAAAACAACCGAAGGUCGACGCUGCUCCAAAUCCUCCAAGUAUUUUUGGUUAGGUUAAUAUCAGUGUAAGGAUUAUUUUCACAAUGAUGUCAGUGAUAAAAUAAAGUAGUAGCAGUAGCAGCAGCAAUGGCUACAACAACUGAGGAUUCAAUGGACGUGCCGGAGGAGAUGACUCUGCAUUGGGCGGAGGAGGUCGGGAACGUCGUGCACGAGGAGGUGUGCGGCUUGGAGGAGGACAUGGUGGGCCAGGAGGAGGAGGUCAUUGGGGCCUGUGAAGAGGUCGUCGAAGAGGAGAUUGUGGAGGAGGAGAUUCUCGAGCAGCCGACCGAGCAAGAUUCCGGCGAUGCCGAAAUUCUGAUGGUGCCGCAGUCGAGCGACAUGGAGUCAAUUUAUAUCGUGCCCCAGGACCAGGGUCACGAUUAUUUUAACAUCCAGGUGACAGAAGAGGUUGUGGCUGACAAUUGGGACCGAUCUGGACCAGACGAUGGGGUCGAGAUCCCGGAGACGAAGGUCUCGCACGACAAUUUGCUCGAGUACGACGACAUGGAAAUCCCAUUGCCGAUCGAUCAAGACUCGUACACAAAUACGCGUCCCUAUCCCUGCGACUUUUGCAGUCGACGAUUUCGCAAAAAGGCAAAUCUGAUGAAUCACAUGGUGGCCCAUCAGACGGACCGACCGCACGGCUGCAAUCUCUGCGGUGCCCGCUACGUGCGCAAGUGCGAUCUCAUGAAUCACCUCAAGAUUCACGCGUACGCGCCAUCGCGCGACGGCCUCGAGGAUGAUCUCAAUGACGAGGAUCCUCUUUUGCCGGAGGAGGAGGGGGGCGGCGGCGGCGGCGGUGGUGGUGGCGGUGGCGGCGGCGGAACGACAAAGGGCCGACGGAAGAAGGUCCAGUCGAGUGCGCCCCGCAGACGGAAGAAUAAUGCCGCCGCGAAGCGACAUCAGGAGGAGGCGAAAGUGGACGUGGGGAAACUGGUGAACAAGUCGUACAAUUACGUUGACGAGGAUAUGCGACUGCUGGAGGUGAUGACGAGUCGGGGCGGUGGCUCGUCGUCGUCGUCAUCGCGGGGCAAUAAUCAUUUGGCCUCGAGUUCACGAUGGACUGAUCAGAUGACGGUGGUGAAUGAUCCGCAGCAGGCUUCUGCUCAUUCUGCUGUUGCUGCUGCUGCUCCGCCACCGCCGCCGCCGCGCUGGCCAAUCACCGAUCCAACCAAGCCCUAUGUCUGUCAAUUUUGCGGUGUGGGAUUCGCCCGUGAGAAGGCACUGGCGUCGCACUCGCGAAUUCACGGGGGCGACAGUCCGUUUGAGUGCACGGUCUGUGGCGAGAUGUACUGGGACGUGAAGUCGCUUCGGGAGCAUAUGAAGGCGAAGCAUGGUGUGGCGGCGGCGAUUGCGAUGGAGACGGAUGAGGAGAUGGCGGAGGCGGCGGCCGAGACGACCUACACGGGCGACGAGAGAUUUGGCGACUUUUUUUGCGAGACUUGUGGCGCGGCUUUUCAUCGAAUGGAUCAGUUGAAGCGUCAUCGGAAGUCUUGCCGCACUGGUGACAGGUGUUUGGCGGCGCGUCGUCCGCGUGGUUCUGCCUCACGUGUUCCGCAACUUCCGCGUCGUCCCGACAGACCUCGCCGCACAACAAGCACCGCCGACUCGGCGAUCUCGCGUGCAGCUCGGCAUGCGCCAAAAGGGCCAACGCCUCCUCGAACCACUCACCGCACACAUUGCACACGUGAUGCUGACUCGACCCUUCCAUCAUCUCAACUUCCUGCUUCACGGUUUUUUCCCCCCCUUUUUGUAUGCAGACACAUGGUUUCACAUCGCAACAAAAUGGUUGCUUGUGACGAGUGUGGAGAGGAAUUCCCAGACGGAAGGGCUCUAGUGAGUCACCGUCAUUCGCAUAAUAAGGACCUGGGCGGUCGUUCUUUUCCCUGUCGCGAGUGCGGCAAAACAUUCGGGAGCCGAAGUUCCCAACAGAUUCACAUUCGCAUUCACACUGGCGAGCGUCCAUACUCGUGUCGCUUCUGCUGGAAGGCCUUCGCCGAUGGCGGAACUCUUCGGAAACACGAGCGCAUUCACACCGGCGAGAAACCGUAUGGCUGCACAAUCUGUCCUCGUGCAUUCAAUCAAAGGGUCGUUUUACGAGAACACGUGAGAGCUCACCAUUCGGGUCCCGACCCCAAGUGUCAUGGCAGCAUGACGCCCUACUUGUGCAAAGUUUGCGGCGAGUCGUACGCAACUUCCGACGAAAUUGUCGCUCACAUAGUUCAGCACUGCGAUGACAACACAGCGCAGCGAAGACAGCCGCAAACCGGGCCGCGAAAAUACAAAAGAAGGCGCAAAAUAAAGGCCCACGAUUCGGUCCCGGCACCGCGAAUAUCCGAGAGUUACGACAUGCUCGACGUUGCGUCCGAAUCUGACGACAAUACCAAAAGAAAGCUGGGCAGGAAGAGCAAAGCUCGCACGGAAGUUCAGGAGGGUUAUCAGAAUGUUCUCAAGAGCUUUGAGAGUUCGCUCCAGAACAUCAACUCGAUUGUGAGCAACGCGAAAGUGAAUCCGGCGAAGGCGAAAUUGACUAAGAAGAAGAUGAAGCGCGAGGAGAAGAAGGUGGAGCCAGCCGUGACGGCGCCCCUGGGCCGAUCGAAGAUGAUUCACACCCAGAAGACGCGCGUACCCGUCGAGGUGGGCAGCGAGGGUGUCAAGAAGGGCCAGAAGACCAAGACAAUGAUUACGCGGACGCCGAAAGUGAUGACGAAUGAGCACAAACUCGGGAUAUUUCCCGGCGGCGAGAGAAAUCGGCCAAGAACGAAGAAUGUGAGUUACCACAUCGAGACGAAGAACCAAGUGGCACCGGCCACUUUCCCGCGAUCCAAGGAGGACGAGAUUCUGCCCGAUCUUCUGCAGGAGGACAAGCAGACCGAGGAGUCGGAACUUGAAACCUCGAUCGAGGAUGUGCCGAUUUCGGAGCUGAUCAAUGUCAAGAUGGAGCCGGGUCUCUUAAAAAGUCAGCAGCAGCAUCACGCGAACAAUAACGGGAGUAUAGGAGGUGGCGGCGGCGGUGGCGACGAGGACGGGAAAUCGACUCCAAAGAGAAAGCCGACGCCCCGACGUGGAAGACGAACGCGACAGCAGGUGGUGAUCAAGCAGGAGCCGAGGGAGGAAAUUGUGGAUAUACCGAGUGCCGAGAUUGAGGAGACGGUCGAGACGGGACCGCUCACUGAGCAUCUCGUUGACGGCAAUACGAUGGAGGUGGCCUUUGAGGCGAAUGUCGUCUCCACCGAGGAGUCGAUACUCCCCGAUCUCGACAAGACACAUCACAGCGAGGAGGUGGUGGACAAGGAGAAUGUCAAGGUGAACGUGAAAGUUGAGUCGACACCGCAGCGUGUUGUGGCCGCGCACAAUUUAAUCCCGCCUCUCGAGGAAACGACGGAAACAAUUAUUCCGGACUCGCUCGAGAGUCUUGAGCACACCUGCGAAAUGUGCUCAGCCGUAUUUCCCAGUCACGCCGAACUCCUCGUUCACGUGCCGAUUCACAUUUGAUUCCAGUCGGCCGAGAUUUAUGCCCGAGCUGGGCGGUAACUUUUAUUUUGACGAAUUUGAAUUUCAAAUUAAUUGCGCUCUGUGAAUCGGCAGUUUAGGAUGGAUUAGACAAUUAUAUGGGGGAGUAGUUGAAUUGGAGAAUGUAUUUAUCAUAAAAGUCUAGUGCGCAGCUAUAAGUGUCGAUGAAUUUUAUUGCGCAAGCGUAGAAAUGUUGUGCGCAUGUGUAGAAAAGUUGUGCGCAUCUGUGAGAUUUAUGGCUGCGCAGAAGAUCUGUGUGAAUUGGUACGAAGAAAUUAACUCAAAAUUCCUCAACUCUGCUGGAUUAAUUGACCAAAUGUUAAUUGAAGAUUUUCAAAGUCUGAAAUAAUUCGUGAUUUGAAAUUGAGUUGGUGUUGGCCAGUUCUGAUUGAGCAUUCUAACAGUUUUUAUUGACGAAGUUAAGUGAAGAUUCCAGAUAUUGAUUUGCUUUUUUUGCAGAUAAAAAAGCCAUUUUGUUUAAAUUAUUUUUGGCAUUUUGGAAAGUGUUGCGAUUUGGCGAAUCGACGAAGAUUGACGUUGAUUGAGGUUAGGUAUUUGCAUUGUUUUUUUG